UCCCUUGAACACCAACUUAGCUCGAGUGGGAAUCAUGGCUGCCAUUUUAAAUGGCCGAAACCAUGUUGCCAAAAAUUUAUCAGUGUUCGCAAGAAUCCGCCUUGGCGAAAUUUCAGAUGUUCCACAUAUACACAAAUUGAUAUAUCAACUGGCCGUAUUUGAACGUUUUGAACACUUAUUCGAAGCUACCGAAAAAUCACUAUCAGCCACCCUCUUCAAAUCUCUUCCAUUUCAAUCAGUUACUUGUUUUAUCCUCGAAGUUUCUCAGCACCCAUUUCCACAGGACAAGCAUUCCAAGAAUCUUCACUAUACUCCUAUUGUAAAGACUGUUGAUCUCCAAGAACCAAUCAAAGACCUGGAUUCUAACGUUUUUAAGGUAGGGAAUCUCGAUAGUGAUUUUGAUGGCCAUGAUAUUGUUGUUGUUGGUUGGGUUAUCUUCUUCCCAAAUUAUCCAGCUUUUUUAGCAAAACAAGGUUUUCACGUAGAUAAUUUAUUUGUAAGGGAAUUUUAUAGAGGGAUAGGGUUUGGAAAAAUGUUGUUAUCAGCAGUGGCAACUCAGGCUGUGAAGUUGGGGUUUUGUCGGGUUGAUUGGAUUUGUUUGAAAUGGAAUCAGAAGGCUAUCAAAUUUUAUGAAGAAGGUAUUGGCGCUGAGGUUAUGAAUGAAUGGGGUGUUUGUAGGUUGGUUGGUAAAGCCCUCGAGGCUUAUGGAGGAAACUAAAAUUUGAAAUAUGAUUAUUUAUUUAUUUUUCUUGAAAGGUAAACUACUGUUACAUUUCUUGGGAAUUUAAUCCAAGUGGUAUUUGCAUGUGUAAUGCUUAACAGAAAUGGUGAGCAUACAUUUUUCGAUACUUUU